AUGGACAGUGAGGAAUGCGAACUAGUAUACGUCGGGAAAAUCAGCGGUCGCUCGAAGAGAUGGGAUGAUGAAGGGAGUCACGCAGGCACAAGCCAGUCACACACCCGGUUGGGUUGCGCGCAAGGACGGGGGCGGUGGGCAGAUGCUCCUAUCGAUAACGAAUGCGCCCCUCCUUCGCGGUGGGAAAGCGUUGGCGCGAUCGACGAGCCGGACAAUGAAGAUUGGUCUCUCUAUAUGUAUGUAACCCUCAUCGGGGAUGACCUCCUCCAUCAUGCAGAAAGGAGCCCGUCAUCAGCAGAAGGAGGGAGCCCGACAAAGGGUAUUCAGAGCAUUACCAAAAAGGGUUUAAACAGUCAAGGUAUUCGUUGUCAUUCUUUUCCCGGCAUCAAGUGGGGUCGAAACAUGAACGAUUAUUACUACUUUGAUGGAAAUGGGAAAGUCUGCUAA